AUGUCCGGCGAAGGAGAAAUCAAUCUUGACAACCUGAUCACCAGGUUACUUGAGGUUCGUGGAUGUCGUCCGGGAAAAACGGUAACUAUGACCGAGGCGGAAAUUCGUGCACUAUGCCAUAAAUCUCGUGAAAUUUUCCUAUCUCAACCGAUUCUUCUGGAGUUGGAAGCACCGUUGAAGAUUUGCGGGGAUAUCCAUGGCCAAUACAAUGAUUUGCUUCGUUUAUUCGAAUACGGUGGUUUUCCUCCAGAGGCUAAUUAUCUGUUUCUUGGAGACUACGUUGAUAGAGGCAAGCAGAGUCUCGAGGAGUAUCGAAGAAUGGGAGAAAAGAAGAAUGCGCUCAACGGUACAGCGAAAGGGUAUGCAUAUCAUUAUGGAGAACAUAAUAUAGAAGAUCCUGAGGAAGAGCGUGGAAGGGUUAGGCAGGAUUCAAACGACUCUGAUUCAUGGAUCUCGGAUAUCCUCAGUGCCUACACUCAUAGUUAA